CUCCCCUCCCGGCCCCGCCAUGCCGGAGAUCCGCCUCCGACACGUGGUGUCCUGCAGCAGCCAGGACCCGACUCACUCGGCAGAGAACCUGCUGAAGGCCGAUACCUACCGCAAGUGGAGGGCGGGGAAAGCCGGGGAGAAGCAGAUCUCCGUCAUCCUGCAGUUUGAGAAGGAGGAGCAGAUUCACAGCCUCGACAUCGGCAACGAUGGAUCGGCGUUCGUGGAGGUGCUGGCGGGCCGAUCCGCCGGGGACGGCGAGCAGGACUACGAGGUCCUGCUGGUCACCUCGUCCUUCAUGUCGCCCUCCGAGAGCCGCAGCAACUCCAACCCCAACCGGGUCCGGCUGUUCGGCCCCGACAAGCUGGUCCGGACCGUGGCCGAGAAACGCUGGGACCGGGUCAAGCUGGUGUGUAGCCAGCCCUACAGCAAGGACGCUGCCUACGGACUCUCCUUUGUGCGCUUCCACAGCCCCCCCGACAAGGAGGAGACGGGGGCCCCGAGUCCGAGGCUGACCAAGCUGGGCCAGUUCCUGGUCAAGGAGGAAGAUGGCGGGGGCGGCUCCCUGCGCCCCGGGGCCCUGUUCUUCAGCAGGGUCGGGAAGACCUCUCCAGGCCCCGCCGGCGGCCAGCCGGGCCCCAGCUAUGCAGCCGCCACUCUCCAGGCUACGGAGCCCACCCCGACCCCGUCUCCCCCGCCCCCUGUCACCAAGCCUCCUCCCAGCAGCAGCAGCAGCAGCAGCAGCAACAAGGAGCCUGCCACCGGCAAGAGGAAGCUGGAGCCGAGCAGAGAGGAGCCCGGGGGACCCAGGAAACCCCCGACCCCCCCAGCUCGUACCACACCCUCGGCCCCCAAGAAAGCUAGAGCCGCCCCUCCUCCGGCGGCCGAGGUGCCCCCGGUGCCCCCGGCGGCCGGGGGCAAGGCCUCGGGAGAGAGGAGGGGGCCGCCGGGGAGGCCCCGGGGCGGCGGCGCGGAGCUGGGGCAGGUCCUGGCGGGGGUGGUGGUGGUACUGAGUGGCUUCCAGAACCCGUUCCGCUCCGAGCUGCGGGACAAGGCGCUGGAGAUGGGCGCCAAGUACCGGCCCGACUGGACCGCCGACAGCACCCACCUCAUCUGUGCCUUCGCCAACACCCCCAAGUACAGCGCGGUGCUGAGCCGGGGCGGGCGGAUCGUGCGCAAGGAGUGGGUGCUGGACUGCCAUCGGACCCGGCGACGGCUGCCCUGCCGGCGGUACCUCAUGGCAGGACCCAGAUCCAGCAGUGAGGAGGAAGAGGAGGAGGAGGAGGAGGAGGAGGAGGAGGAUGGCAGCAGCGAGGAAGAGGCACCUCGGGCUCCCCGCAAGCGGCCCCAGGCCAACCACCAGCCCCAGCCCCGGCCGGCGAGAGCCGGUUCUCCCCCCGGGCCCCAAACCCCAGAGGAGACCCAGUCGGCCCCUUCUGCCCGGGACGGGGACACGGGUUCUGAGGGCGAGCAGUCAGACGGACGGGACGACGGGGCGGAGGAUUCGGGGGACACCGAAGACGAGCUGAGAAGGGUGGCAGAACUGAGGAGUCGGAAGAGGCCCCCAGAGGAGGUCAAGAACGGUGAAGACCCCUACGGGGGCUCAACCGACGAGAACACAGACAACGAGGAGACGGAGACCCCUGACCUGCCCAUCCCCCAACUCCCAGACUUUUUCCAGGGCAAACAUUUCUUCCUCUACGGAGAAUUUCCAGGCCAGGAGCGAAGACUACUGGUCCGCUACGUCACAGCCUUCAACGGGGAGCUGGAGGACUAUAUGAGUGAGAAGGUGCAGUUCGUAAUCACGGCUCAGGACUGGGACCCCAGCUUUGAAGAGGCCCUGGCCGACAACCCCUCCCUGGCCUUCGUCCGGCCCCGCUGGAUCUACAGCUGCAACGAGCGCCAGAAGCUGCUGCCCCAUCAGCUCUACGGGGUGGUGCCCCAGGUCUGAGGGGCGGCGGGGCCUCCCUCCUCCUCCUCCUCCUCCCCGCCCGCCCGGAGGGAGCCUGGUCCGGCCCUUCGUCCGAAUGGGGCGGGCCAAUAAAGAGCGGGAGCCCGCCGAGUAGCCGG